AUGGUCCAGAGACCGCAGGAACCUCCUUCCUGUUUCCUGCUGGACGGUCCAGAGACCGCCGGAACCUCCUUCCUGUUUCCUGUUUCCUCCAUGAUGGAGGAGGACCGUAGGGCGGGGCCACGCAGCAGCAGCAGCAGCAGCUCCAGCUCCAUCACCACCAGACACCGACACCGACCCUCUGCUCGCCUCCAGGCCGAGGAUGGACGCCGGUUCCCGGGGAGACCGCUGAGGGGGAGACGGGGCCGCUCUGGUUCAGAGGAUGGAGGAGGCGUCGCGGACGCGGAGCGGGACUCCGGCUCCGGCCAAACCCACGGAACCCAUGCAGCACCGAACUCGCCAUUGUUCACAGCAGCAGCAGCAGCAGCAGCAGAAACAGAGACAGACGAGGCCGCGGCGGCGGGGAUGCGCGCCCCCGCGGCUGCUGCUGCUGCUCGCGCUUCACCUGCUCUGCUGCGUCCAGAGCUUGUCGGGCCUUCGGACCUUCAGGAGAACGCGACGGCGUACGCGGCGCAGGUCUCCGGAGAACCGCGCCUGGUUCUGGUUCCCUUCGUCAACACCAGCGAGCCUCUGGUGUUCAACGCCACGUUCCACGGCCUCUGCUACACCGUGGGGUUGCUGGUCCAACUGGGGCAGAGCUGGUCCCGGCCCCUGAGGAGCAUCCCGGUCCUCACCAAACCGCUACCGGUCCGCAGCGCUCACAUAUCGGACUACAAGGAGGCUCCCGAGACCGGAGUCGUGUUCAGCAUCGACCCUCCGUCCAGAACCGUCUUCAGCCGGGUCAACAUCAGCUACACGGAGGGAACGGAGAGCCGCUCCAUGCUCUACAAAGACUUCUACAAGGGGAAGACGGUGUUCAAGCACUGGCUGCCGGGGACCUGCUACCGUAACAUCACCUUCCAGCUCGUCUCCGAGGCAACCGUGUUCCAGACCCCCCUGGUUGCCCACAGUGAUGUCACGCACCUGCCGCUGCAGCACCGCACAGUGCCCUCGCCGCCCCUCAACGUGUCCCACAAGGUGGUCCGCCUGACCCAGCGGGCAGCGGGUGAUGUGCCCGUCGAGGGGGCGGGGCCUACGCCGUCCCGCCGGGCCCGGGACGUCCCCCUGCUGGAGGAGCAGCCGGAGCUGCAGCCCGACGAGGACGACGCCCCCGAGGACCUGACCACCGCCCCCCCCGCCGUCUCCAACGCCACGCACAACCUGACGGACGCCGGUGCCGGCGUGGGCGUGAACGGCAGCCGGGCGGAGGAAGCGGAGCCUCAGGGCUACUGGCUGGACCCCACGGAGCCGCCGGCCCUGGACCGGGAGGAGGACUUCGUGAACGGCGUGCUGCCGGAGUACGAGGACUCCAACGACCCCGGCUCGGCCAUGGGGCUCCCCGCCGAGGCGCCGGUCCGGCCCAGCCGGCCGCCCCCCGUCCUGCUGGAGCUGCGCUGGCUGCCGCCGCCGCCGCCGGCUAGCUACGACGGCUUCAACGUCUACGUCUACAGAGACGGCAACACCACGGAGACGGCCACCGUGGACGAGAACACCCACGAGUUCUUCACGGAGCUGACGGAGGCGGGGACGUACCGGGUCCACGUCGCCACGCUGAGCUCGUCCGGCGCCUGCGAGGCCCGGGAGAGCAGCGCCGACACCGGCUUCAUGUUCUACCUCGGUCCGGACGGGGAGCUGCUGGAGGAGCUCCGGGCCCGGCCCCGGGCCGUCAGCGUCCGGCUGCUGGACUCCAGCAACGCCGCCGUGUCGUGGGCGCCGCCGCCCCGCAGCCCCAGCGGCAGCCUGGUGUCGGUGGUCUCCACCACCUGCCUGAAGCCCGGCCCCAGCCAGCGGAUGGAGAACACCUACUGCAGCGAGGAAAACUCCACCAGUGACGUCAUCAGCCACCUGACGCCCGGCGCCCAGUACCGGGUCGUCGUCUACCACACCAACGGGCCGCUGAUCAGCCCGCCGUCGGAGCCCGUCAUCAUCGACAUCGAGCCCACAGGUGUGGAGGAGUUAACGGUGUACCCGCUGGGCCCGACGGUCAUCAUCCUGAGCUGGCGGCGUCCGUACCGCGUGUCGUUCCGGAAGUACGUCCUGCAGACCUUCUUCUUCAACCCCGUCACGCUGGCGUCGGAGUGGACCACCUACUACGAGAUCGCCGCCACCGCCUCCGUCAUCACCUCCGUGAGGGUCACCGACCUGCUGCCCGCCUGGUACUACAGCUUCCGCGUUUCCAUGGUGACGUGGGGCGACCCGCCGCUCAGCUGCUGCGACGGCUCCACCGUUGGCUUCGUGACAGCUCCAGAGGCCCCCCACAUCUCCUCGGUGGACUACGUCCAGGGCCUGCUGCUGGUGGUCUGGGACUACGGCGAGCUGUUCAGCGACCUGACGCACUCCAGGAUCCUGCACUGGCAGGUGACGGCGGUCGGCCGGAGGAGAACCGACAAGAGCUACUCCAUCAACGUGACCAGGAACCUGAUGAGGGCCAGCCUCCCUCUCCCCCCUGGAGACAUCUACAACCUGACGGUGACGGCCUGUACAGAACGGAGCAGGAACAUGUCAACACCCAACAUCAUCAAGCUGGACCCGGCUCCGCCCAGGGCGCUGUACGCCGUCAACGCCACGCCCUCGUCCGUCACGCUGCUGUGGAGCGAGGACGGCGUGGCCGACCACUUCCAGGUGCUCUGCAGACCGGGCCGCGGCGGCAAGGAGCUCCAGGCCCGUGAGCCGCUCACCUCCACCUCCCAGGUUCUGACCGUGUCCGGUCUGGCGCCAGCGACCCGCUACAACUGCAGCAUCACCAGCUUCAGCUACAGCAAGGCCAGCAGGCCCGCACACAUCUCCGUCAGCACCGUCGCCAGGGAGAUGAACCCGAGCGUCGCCGCCAUCUCGGCUCUGGCCGUCCUCAGCGUCCUGCUGAUCAGCCUGCUGGUCCUGUUCCUGCUGGUCCUGCGGAAGAAGCACCUGCAGAUGACCAGAGAAUGUGGCGCAGAGACGUUCGUGAACUUCGCCUCCUUCGACCGAGACGGGAAGCUUCCCUACAACUGGCGAAGAAGCCUCUUCGCCUUCCUUACCCUCCUGCCAUCCUGCCUCUGGACUGACUAUCUUUUGGCUUUUUAUAUUAAUCCGUGGAGCAAGACGGCUUUAAAGAAACGGAAGCUAACGAGUCCCGUGCAGCUGGACGACUUCGACGCCUACUUCAAGGAAAUGGGCAAAGACUCCGCCUACAAGUUCUCGCUGCAGUUCGAGGAGCUGAAGAGCGUCGGCCUGGAUCUUUCCCAUGAUGCCGCAGACCUGCCGAUCAACCGGCCCAAGAACAGAUACACCAACAUCCUCCCUUACGACUUCAGCCGGGUGAAGCUGAUCUCCAUGCACCACGACGAAGGAGCCGACUACAUCAACGCCAACUACAUACCUGGCUACAAACACUCGAAGGAGUACAUCGCCACCCAGGGGCCGCUGCCCGAGACCCGCAACGACUUCUGGAAGAUGGUGUUGCAGCAGAAGUCGCCCAUCAUCGUCAUGCUGACGCAGUGCAGCGAGCGGCGGCGGGUGAAGUGCGACCACUACUGGCCCUUCGUGGACGAGCCCCUGAUGCUGUACGGUGAGAUCAGCGUGGAGAAGCUGUCUGAGAGCGAGUCUCCGGAGUGGAUCAUCCGCAAGUUCAGGCUGGAAUACGCCGACGAGGUGCAGGACGUGCUGCACCUGAACUACACGUCCUGGCCGGACCACGGCGUCCCCACCGUCAACGCCAUCGAGAGCAUCCUGCAGUUCGUCCACAUCGUCCGGCAGCAGGCCAACAGGACCCGGGACCCCAUCAUCGUCCACUGCAGCGCCGGCGUGGGCCGGACCGGGACCUUCAUCGCUCUGGACCGCCUCAUGCAGCACAUCAGAGAACACGAGUUCGUGGACAUCCUGGGGAUGGUGUCGGAGAUGAGGUCCCACCGGCUGUCCAUGGUGCAGACGGAGGUCAUCUUUAAAUAUUAG